AUGCCAUUAACAACACUUAAAAAACGAAAAUAUCUGUUCUUUGGUUGUCGAGAAUGUAAAAGAAGAAAAAUUAAAUGUGAUGAAUCAAAACCAUUUUGUUCAGAAUGUAAAAGAUUAAACAAAGAUUGUUCAUAUCCAAGUAUUGGUGAAAAAGUCAAGAGAGUUUCAAAGAAAGAAUUAAGUAAAGAAGAAGAACAACCUGCUCAAACCGAGAAACCACUAAAUAUAUUAAUGUAUAAUGGUCCAAAGAGAUCACGGAAGAAGAGGAAAGAUUAUGAAAAAUCAGUACCAGAAGAAAGUCCAAAGGAGCAACAAAAUGAAAUAUAUCCAUUUAAUAUUAGUGCCAAGAUUCAACCAAGUUCAUUUCCACAAAGUAAUAUAAGAGAACCUCCUAAAAUCCAACAAGAGCCUACUGUAUAUCCCAAUCAUAUGGUCGAUCAGAAUCAGAUAGUUGAUCAAAAUCAAAUUGUGGACCCAACUUCACUUUUACUUGGAGAUGUUUAUAAUAACGAAGAUUUGAAUUUGUUAGCUACAGAUUUGAAUAAUCUUGUUAAUGAUAUUUUGUUCACUUCGAAUAUGGAUCAGUUACAAUAUAAUCAAGACUUUUUCGAUCCACUGACAAUAACAACACCUUUCAUUGAUGAUGUACCGAAAUUUAUACCUGUUGAUUUUAUAAAAUUAAAAACGAACGAAGAAAAGAAGUAUUUACAAGAGUUUUAUGAUAAUUUUGCAAUGCAGAUGUUACCUUUUGGAGCUUAUGAUAAAUUUAUUGGUCGUUAUUCAAAUCCAAUUCGUGAUGUUAUUAUGAAAUAUGCAACUGAACCAUUUUUAUUAUGUGCUGUCUUAUCUCAAGGUGCAAGAUUAAUUUAUGAAAGAGAUAAUAAUAGUCAAGAUUUUGAAAAUUAUGGUAAUUAUUUAUCAACUUGUUUGAAAUUACUCGGUCCAGCUUUGAGUAGAAAUAAAGAAAAUUUAGUAGUUGAUGUUGAAACUAUUUUGAUAACUGUGCUAUUGUUGGCUUCAUCAAAUGCAAGUACAGAAAAACAAAGUUGGCGACCUCAUUUGAAAGGUGCAAAAGACAUCAUAUUGAAAGCCACCACGAAAAAGCUGUCAACAACAAUAACAUUAUGUAAAUUAUGGUUUGCGGAUUUUGAGAUUUUAGCAGGUUUAAGUUCAAAUUUAGGUGGUACUUUACAACCAAAAGAAAUUGAUUUAAUUUUUAAUUUUGAAGAUGAAUAUGUUCAAUUAGUUCUAAAACAAUUUAACUUAGUUCAGGACAAUGGAUUUUGUGUUUUGACAGGCUAUAAUAUAUCAUGUUUAAGAUAUUUGCGAAGCUUAUCUGAUUUACUAAGACUGAAAAAUGAUUCCUUGAAUUACCUAGAAUUAAUCAAUGGGUUUUAUCAGCAAUAUCAAAUUACCUAUCUAUCCAGAAGUUGUACAGUUCAAACGCAACAACCAUUAACAGAGUUGAUGGACACCAUUUAUAACCCAGAUGGUUCAGUUACAAUAAUUAGUUGGAUGGAUAUUUCACAACAAGCAUUUUCAUUAGCUGGCCUAAUUACAGUAUUUGUUGACGUUUUGUCAAAUCCUCCAGAAGCUUCUCAUGUUAAAAAUCUUGUAUCAAAAUUAAUUGGUUUAUUGGAUGUUGUUGAAAAUGCAGUACCUUCAAAAAUGGCUUUUCAAUUUGGAUUUCUGAUGAUACAAUGGCCAAUUUCAGUUGCUGCAAUAUAUUGUACCAAUAAAUCUCAACACCCUAUAAUUGAGAAAUUCUUUGGUAUGUGCUAUGAACAGGGUUCUUAUACUGCUAAUUUGACUUUUGAAAAAAUCAAAAAGACUUGGGAAAUGAGAGAAAUGGGUGUUGAAACAAAACAUGAUGAUGGAUCAAAAAUUGAUAGAAUAGUAUAUUAA